AUGACCUUCGAGGAGUAUUCCAAGCUCGCUACAAGAGAUUUCGAGGUUUUGGUUGCAGAUUCAGAUUGCAGGCAUGAGAUACUGUGUCCACGAUGCUACACAGGUAGAGCCGAAGAUCGCGAAGCUUUACCUCGAAGGUUUAGCGGAACUUCGUCAUUUCAGAUAUGUGUUUACAUACUUUUGAUAAGCGCUAAUUUGGGAGCGCUUGCCUUGUGGUUCAAGACAACUCCACAGAUGGGUGACUGUGUCCGACCAGUUCUCGCUUACUCUCCAGCGAAGGCGGAUGAUGCUAUCCAUUACGAGAAGAGAAGACUUGUUACCGAAAUUGAUGCAAACGUGUUUUCUGGGCCCCCUAGACCAGCACACGAUGAAGCUUGGGCUCAUUUGAUAGAGCCCAUCGCAAUCAAGAUUUCGAAACAGCAGUUGGAUUUGAUUGGCGAGGAUUCUAUCGAAUUCGCAGAUAAAUCCGGCUAUCUCGCAGAGACUUCACUCUACCACGAACUUCACUGUAUUGGAAGGUCUGCAUUAUGCACAUUGUCUGACCAAGAAUAUUCAGACCACUGCCUUGAGUACUGGCGAGAAGCAGCCAUGUGCCGAGGGGAUACAUACUUAACUCCAUUCUUCUGGCGCGAUGGUCAACCAGUCUCUCGUGUAUGGAGUGAUCGAGAUCACGACAAAGAGUUAAGCUUUCCUCAAAUUGAAGCUUUCUUCAAGGCUAAGAAGAACAAGAUAUUCUUAGCUAACGAGUUCACCUACGCGAUCACAAGUCCUGUCGUUAAGAUAUCCUUGAUCGUCUUCUACCGUCGAAUAUUCAUUUUCAACCCAUUUCGCAGAGCAUCCGACAUACUCAUCACGAUGUGUGUGCUGUGGGGUCUUGCUACGAUCCUUGGCUCUGCUACUCAAUGUCGACCAUUAUCCAAGUCUUGGAACCCAACGAUCGAGGGAAAAUGCUUCAACGUGCGACAAAUUCGUCUUAGGCAUACAAGGAGUAAAUAUCUUCCUUGCUACUUGUAUUCUUUGUCUACCGAUGAAAAUGGUAUGGAAUCUCAAACGACCCUUGCUAGAGCGGCUGGCAGUGAUGGGUAUAUUCUUGCUGGGAGCAUCUACCGCAUCUAUACCAUCACUCUUAUGGACGAUAACGAUAUUCCAUUUUGGACUUUGGUGGAACCCAGUAUUGGCUUAGUCUGUGGCUGCCUUCCAACGAUUCGUGGUCUCUUUCCAGCUUACCGAGUAAGCAGGUCCACCAAAGGGACCGCAGCUAGCAACAAUUUGCCAGAACCUCAUCGUGCGACGAACUCGUAUAAUGACCAGUUACAGUAUAUCAAAAUGGUUAGCAUUACGGAGAUCUUGGGAAAUCCUUCAAACGAUGAUGAUAAGGCUCACGGUGGGGAGAUCAGAGUUAACACGGUUGUUUCGAUUGUGUAG